AUGAAUGGCUCCCUGCCUCCCGUUUCUUCCAUUCCCUUGACUACCUCCGCCAUCAUCAACAACAACAACACCACCACCAUCACCACCACAACAGCAGCAACCUCUUCUACUUCCACGACCGCCAACAACACCACCACCACAACACCCACCCCUACCAUCUCUUCUUCGUCUUCCUCCUUUAAGAACAAGUUUAAACCUCGAAAAUCAGAGGAUUGGACUAUUUAUCGGGAGAUCAUUCAAAGUCUUUACCGCGACGAUCACUUAAAGCUUCGUGAUGUGAGGCAAUAUAUGCUCGAAAAUUAUAGCUUUGAAGCAUCAGAAAAACAAUACAAAGACCGCCUGGCUGCGUGGAAUGUCCGCAAAAACAUCAAGGCCAAAGAAGUCCAUAUCAUGCUCCGCAAGCAACAAAGGCGAGCUGCAGAGGGCAAGCGGACGGCGUUUCGAGUGGCUGGCAAGACGGUCGACACCAAGCGCAUCUCCCGCUUCGUCCGGAGAUAUGGCAACCACUGGGAACUGGAUGAUGCUCGUGAGAGCAUCCAUCCGAAUACCAUCCACCCGAAGACCCCUACCGACAUCGAAUACUACACACCGGAGCCCGAUGAGAGAGCUAUGACCCUGUCGCCCUCGACCGAGACUCCAUCUCACGAUGACAAGCUCAAGCUCGAGCCACUCCCCGAGCCCGAAGUGGACCAUGCCCAACCUUUACCGGUUUCACCUACUCCCUCCGCGCCAGCCAAGCCGCUAUCCAACGCCCUCCCUGAUGAAGACUACUGGAAGGCGCUCGAUGUGUUUCAAGGCCAACUCUUGACCCUAUCCAGGACACUUGAUCAGACCAUGUCUCAAUUCACCUCUCCGCAUGACGAUCUAUCACAGUAAUGUCCCUUCUGCGAAUCGCCUAUACCCUUCUGGCCGAUAAUCCGCCACUUCCACCAGCCGCACCUGUGAUAUGUAUGUUUGGAAAUGCCCGGCCCUUGCUGCACUUUCUGCUCUGAGCCCAGGCAACUAGCUUGUCCCGUGCUUACGAUGAUGUUGUGAUCACUACCAGUCCAUCGCCACUUCGCUUCCUGCAUCAUUCCUCACUGUCAUACUUACAAGUUCACAUGUGCUUUUCCUUACUUUGCAAAUUGCCUACUAUAUAGAGCAUCUAUGGUCUAGUUUUAUUGGGAGAAAAGGUCUAGUGUAGGUCUUGGUAUACCUAA